AUGAAAAAACAGAGUUUAUUAAUCACUAAAAUGCAACAAUACCCACAACUUCUUCUUCGAAGACCUUUACCUCCCAAACACCCUAAGCUGCCUUUAUAUACAAAGAAAACCCAUACAGCCAAGACUGGUGAAAUUGAGACACUCUCUGGAAAGUUCACUCAAGAGGAAACCACUCCAGUUCCAAAAAAACUUGCUUUACUUGAUGUAUCUUCAGAAGAACAAGCUCAAGGUCCUAUCAAUAUCCAAGCUGACUCUUUGGAUCAAAAUGUAACAGAAGCAGUAACUGCAAUUUCAACAUCCACAAAAUCUAGAAAUGUCAGAUCCAUGUUUAUUCCAAGUUAUGCUGUAGUUUCAACUCAAUUUUUCAAGAAAAAUAUAAGAAAAAUGAAAAGAAGUUCAGAAAAGUCCACAACUAAACUACCCAAAUGCAGUAUUGCCAAGUCGUCUAGUCAGUGCCUCACACAAGGUGGCUCUAAAUAUAAAAAAACAGAAUCAGACUACGUUUUACACGGUGACGGUUUUAAGACUAUUGAGACAACACAUUCCGAAACAAUAAUAGCGAUGGCCAACCUGGCUGUAGUAACUUGCCAAGUGCAUGGAAGAAAUGCACUUAACCUUAAGGGUUUUUUUCUCCUUUAUUGUCCAGACUUCUCACCUUUGGCUUCCCAAUUGAUAUAUCUUAAUUUAUCAUUUAAUGACCUCCGUGAAUUUCCCGUAGAAAUACUUUGUCUUAAAAAUCUACAAAUACUGAAAAUGAGAAAUAAUCCCAUCAAAGAAAUUCCUUCUGAAAUCCAAUACCUUAAGUUCCUUCGAAUUUUCAGCAUUGCUUUUAAUUAUAUUCAUGUUCUUCCGUAUGGGUUAUUUUCCUUGGCCCAUCUUGAGGAACUUGAUAUUUCCUACAAUGAAAUUACUUCUAUUCCGAAUGAUAUCCAGAAACUCAGAUCACUUGACAAACUGAUUAUUGAUGGGAAUUACUUGUUUUUUCUUCCACCUGGAAUUUUGAAGCUUAACCUGACAAAAAUCCAGCUUGAGAAUACUUUCACUCAUCGUAGUUUAUGGGUCGAGAAUUGUUUCAAUAGUCCCCAACAACUUACUCACAUGUGUGCUUUGUUCAUUGUCAAAAAUGAUCUACUUGGUUCUUAUGAUAAGAUCCCACUAAAAGUUCAAAAGUUACUGAUAUGCACAUCCAGGUGUGAAUGGUGCCUUGGUCCCAAGUUUGGUGAAGGUUUUCGUAUCAUCCAAUCCUACAAUAUCUUUGGAGCAACAGAGCUUCCUGUCAUGUUUCAUGUGUGUUCUCUUUCCUGCUAUAGGAAAAUAAAGGAGAGCGGUUUUGCUUGUGAAGGUGAUCCAUCUAAAGAAAUAGCUGUUUCUCCUGACAUGAAAAGAUGUCUAUCAAAUAUAUCUGUUUUGAAAAUUAUGUACUAG